AUGGAAGAAUAUUUAUCCCUUAUUGAUAACCCAACGAUUAGAAGAACAUUUUCUCAAUAUAGAGUAAGUAAUCAUAAAUUGCAAAUUGAGCGAGGAAGAUACGAAAAUGUUUCUCGUGAACAACGUUUUUGUAAACUUUGCAACACUGGUGAAGUGGAAACGAAUAUCACUUAG